AUGAGUGACGAUCAAUGUCAGUGCCCCCAUCUCCUAUCUCUUGCAUGCUCUCCAAUUUCUUUGACAGUUCUUGAAGGAAUUUGGAAGGAACUCUGCCAGUUUUCUGUCAAUGGUGCUCUAUACAACUCCCCUGAAUGUCAGCCCCACCCGAAAUGUUUGAAAGGGACUCGGGUUGAUCUCCUCAAAUACAUCCACAAAUUAUUGGUCGACCCAGGGAAGAAUCAGCUCAUCUGGCUGCAUGGCACAGCUGGCAUCGGAAAGUCUGCUGUUGCAUUUACAAGGUCUAAAAGUGACCGAAACGACGAAAAACGGCUAGUGGGAACAUUCUUUUUCUCGUGCAAGCACACCAAACGCUCCACAACUGGAUAUUUCUUUGCGACGCUUGCCCACCAGCUUGCCACCAAUUUUCCAAGCAUCCGGAAGGAUGUGAGCAGAGCGAUCUGUGACAAUCAUGCUCUGCUACAUCCGAACAUACCUCUCUGCGACCAGAUGGAGAAGCUCUUUCUUCAACCAUUCUGUAGGCUUCACCUCGGAUUGCGCGGGUGUCAGCCUUUGACAUCUGCUGUCAAUGCACUUGACAAAUGCACAUCUGAACCCGAGCUUACUGUUGAAGUCUGA